AUGUUACUUUUGUCUCAUACAGGAAAAUCUUCUGCUAUCCAGUAUGCAGCCCAGGAUCCACUGGAAAAUCUAGACUUCACUGACGCCAUCAUUAGCAAGACCACCUCGUCUGGACUGGUCAAACUUCUUGCGAAUAAGAGGAAAGGAAUGAUUCUCUCUCCAGAGGUCUUCGACAUCAUAAACAAGCUUCUUAAGUCCGAUGAAGACAACGCUACCGGAGAUGUCCAGCUUCUCUGCAAACUCUUCUCGGGCGAGCGCUGCUCAUAUCACUUCUCUACAGAGGAAACCAGAGUGAUCCCUCCAAAUACGCCCUUCUGUCUCCUUGGUUCCACGCAACUGGUCAACGCUGCCAAAUUGAUCGCACGCGUGGAUCAAGGACACGGCCUAGUGGACAGAAUCCUUCUUGCCACCCCCCUUGCCUUUCGUCCGACCCUUACUGAAAUGGAGGCAGCCACCGAUCAGUUAUCCACCGAGGUAGUCAGUGACUUCUCUGAACUGUUCGAGAACAUAAAUGGAAUUGACGAAAGCGUUGAAUUCGUCUUCGACGAUGAAGGGAAGGAGCUACUCAGAGAGAAAAUGGACGAGUUCGUGGCUGAGGUCAAUGAAGCCAUCAGAGAUGGGAAAGUGCCACCCAAAUCAAAGACGCCAGAACUUAUCCCGAGAAUAGCGUGCGCCCUACAUGUCUUCAAUCACGCCAUGGAAGAAUUAUUGGCUGGUGUACCCUCGACACAACCUGACACAACGAUAUCCAAAACAACCCUGGAAAAUGCAGCAUCUUUCGUGAAUCACCUCGAGACACAGCAGGAAAUACUCUGCCAGGUAAGCUAUCGUAAACACCAAAACUUUCAUUUUUCUUUAAUUACCUUUAUUGCACGCACAUUCUAAUUCUUAUUAAUAGAAACUCGGCUUGUUCUAUUCGCCCAUAGAAAACGAUCGCGCGCGCGCUAAGCUCUUUGAAUGGUGCUUUAUUCAAAUCUUAGAGAGCUUUUCACUUGAGUGUAGACAUUAAUUAAUGCAUUUGCCGUGGUUUUGUAUUACGCCGCUUAGCGAACGGUUUUCAAACACGUGCUUCUUCAAUAUCUCAGCCAAUGCGAAGUAAAACAAAACAAAUCAUUACUUGCUCGCGAAAUUAUUUUUGCGCUUUGUCUGUGUCCUUUGUGAUUGGCCAGUGUGAUACGUUUGGUUUUAGUUUUUUCUACACUCAGUUGAAAACUGUUCUAAUACGUUACCUCAGUCACUCAAACUAAAACAAAGCACAAUUACCAGAAAUGCAGUAAUGUUUACCGGACAAUUGUUACGGAUAACUGAUCAAUACACCACAACAAUUACCUGUCUCACGGUUACUUGCAUUGUUUUAAAUGAGUUUCUUCUCCUUUUUCAGUUUCUUAAAGAAGUCACAAACGCAGUUUGUGAUAAAACCAUCGAUCAGCCUACCACACAAAUGGUCAGGGACAACGUCUUAAUCACCCAAGGCCCAGUGGUCUCCUAUCGGUCGUUCAAACAUGGCAAAAGAUCAGCACGUGCAAUUGCCGAAAGUGAAUUUAACACCGCGACAGAAUCAUUAAUGCAAGAUGGCUUUGGAAGAAUUGUGGAAUUUAGAAUUCCUCGAGCAAGAAGCGCCUGCAAGGUAUUUGUGAAAAGCAAGCCAAACCCUUGGCCGAACUGUACGAAUGUCAGUUUAAGCGAAUUUGACAAUGCCUUGGCCAAGCCUCUACAUAAUGAUAUCACAGUUCCAAUGAGACAAUAUCUUCAAGCCAAUAAUUACAUCUCGAAUUAG